GUUUCGUCUCUGUAAGUGUAUUCUGUGGUAUCGUGCAAAUCGUGUUGCAAAUUCAUAGGGGUAUAAUUUGGUAUAAUCUCAGGCUAUUUUGUUAACUUUAAAAAAGUUUAGCUAGAAAUGGCGAGGAUAACAGCAGUAAAGGAGUCUUUGGAGAAAGCACUUCGGGAUGAGAAUAAAUUCUGGACGAAGUAUUUUGCAAAAAUUGAGAAACAAACUGGAGUUGACCGGAUUUUUGUAUUCUUAGGCUCUGUUGUAGUUUUGGCACUGUAUCUGGUAUUUGGAAUUGGACAACAAUUAGUUUGUAAUAUUUUUGGAUUUGUAUAUCCUGCUUAUUGUUCCAUGAAAGCUUUAGAGAGUCCAAAAAAAGAAGAUGAUACGAAGUGGUUAACUUAUUGGGUUGUUUUCGCAGUAUUUACAAUUGUUGAAUUUUUCUCAGACUAUAUAUUAUGCUGGUUUCCAGUUUAUUGGCUCUUCAAGUGCCUUUUUUAUAUGUGGCUAAUGGCUCCUAUGGAAAAUAAUGGUGCAAUAAUUUUGUACCGUCGUGUCAUCAGACCAAACUUUUUACGAUACCAUCAUAAGGUGGAUGAAUUGAUAUCAAAUGCUCAGGAUGCUGCAGUUAAAGCUGCAGCAAAUGCUCUUCUAACAGAAAAACAGGAAUAAAUAGCACAAUAUUUAAUUUUAAAGAUACCAACAUCAUGUAAAAUGUUUUCAAAAAUGUUAGUUUCUUCUUCUCACCCAUUCCUAAUAAAAAAAAAAGAUAUUAUUGGGUAAGAUUUUCUGGCAGGAAUAUGUAGUUGUACAAGUAAAAUUUUAUAUAUUUCUCUAUUUAUAUAUAGAGAUUUUAAGUGCCUGUAAUGCAAUCUACACAAAACUUUUUUUCUGAGAUUAUCAAUAGGGAAAAUAUUGAAUAAUUGCUGUAUGUAACUGUAAUUGGAUGCUAAAUACAACUAUGUCCUAUAUUCAUAAUUGUAAUAAAAACAAUAUUAAUAU